GGGGUAGUUUGUGUGUUAGGAUGCUCAUUCAAAUUGUAUGGAUCAUGGCAUAGCAACGAGUGUUGCUUUCUUGUAAAGACCGUUAACAAUGAACAUAUGUGUGAGAGAGAUAUGAAGAAAAAUCGUCAACUGACAUCUAGAUGGAUUGCUAAAGGAAUAUCUUGGUCGCUUCAAGGACAAUCCUCACUGGCCAGCUUCUAAAAUAAUAAAAAGUGUGAAGAAGAAGUAUGGUGUGAUCAUAGAAAGGUGGAUUGCGUAUAAAGCAAAGCAAAUUGCCUAUAAAAUGUUGCAUGGCUCAGUCAAAGACCAUUAUAAUAAGAUUGGAAGAUACAUUGAAGAGUUAAGAAGAUCGAAUGAGAGAAGUACAUUUGAGUUGCUUACGAUCCCCUCAAGUCCGGAUGUGUUCCGGAGGAUGUUUGUAUGUUUUGAAGGAUUAAAGGAUGGAUUUAUUUCAGGUUGUAGACGAUUUGUAUGCUUAGAUGGAUGCUUUCUUAAAACAUUCCUAGGUGGAAUGUUACUUGCUGCAAUAGGGAGAGAUGGAAACAAUCAAAUGUUUCCAAUUUGUUGGGCUGUUGUUGAAGGAGAAAAUAGAGACAGCUGGGAGUGGUUUUUGACUCUCUUGAAAUCUCAAUUGAAUGGGAGUAAUGGAGAAGGGUGGACUUUUAUGUCAGACCAACAAAAGGGCCUUCUUGCAGCAUCAUCUUCUGUUUUCCCUAGGGGUUUCCACAGAAAUUGUGCGAGACACAUAUAUGCUAAUUGGAAUAAGAUGCAUAAAGGAGAUGAGCUGAAGUUACUAUUUUGGAAGGCAGUAAAAGCAUACAAUAAAGCUGACUUUGAAGAAGCAAUCCAGGAACUUAAGGGAGUAACUCCUCGUGGUGCUGAUGAUCUUCUAAAGCAAAAUCCUAAAGUAUUUUGCAGAUCUUUUUUCCCUGCAGAUAGCAAGUGUGAUGUGGUUGUGAAUAACAUGGCAGAAACGUUUAACGGAUACAUUCUAAAAGCUAGAGGGCUGCAUAUCAUUGACAUGCUUGACACUAUCAUGACUUUGUUGAUGGAAAGGAUGGUCACAAAACAAGGAUUGAUGGAAGGUAAAGAAAUCAAUGACAUUUGCCCUAGAGUAAAAGUCAAACUGGAGGAAGAGAAAGUUAAAGCAUGGCAACUGACAGUAACACCUUCAACGCUAACACUUUUUAAAGUCAGAGACUAUGUGGAUGCUUUUAAGGUGGACAUUCAAUAUCGGGCAUGCACUUGUAAAAAAUGGGAUUUAACAGGUAUACCCUGUCGUCAUGCUAUAGCUUGUUUAUCAUACCUAAAGGUGAGGGUGGAGGAUUAUGUCGAUGAUUAUUACAAGAAGGGGGCUUAUUUGGAAGCUUAUCAAGGACAUAUAACCCCAUGUGUCAGUGAAAAGUUUUGGCCAAAGAAAAUCUUCCCUUUGGACCCUCCCCCUGUAAAAGCCCAACCGGGACGACCCAAGAAAAAAUAGAAGAAAAGAUCCACAUGAAGACCCAAAGAAACCGGGGAAAAUUACCAAACACGGGGUGUGUAUGAAGUGCAGCGUGUGCCAGUCAACUGAGCAUAACAAAAGAAAGUGUCCAAACAAGGGUGACUUCUCACACCCCCUUGAGAAGAGGCCUCGAGGCAGACCCAAAAAAAGUUCAAUACAAAUUUCUGAUGAGGCUGUUGGAUUACCAGGUGAAUCUAUUUUUACUAAUGAAAGAGUGAGCACAUAUGCAAGGGCCAGGGAUAGGGGCAAAGGCAGGGGAAGAGGGGCAUGCUCAGUUGGUCAUCAUGCAAUGUCUUAGGAGUAAAGGCAUGAAGGGAUAGUGAAACGAUCAAUGUCUUUUUUGAUAGUAUAUCAAGGCCUUUCUAGUUGUAGACUAAAUAUUAUUUUGCUUAAAUGCUUAGAGGCUGAUAUUUCAUAUUGUUGUCAAUUUUGUUAUGUAUUUAGUGCAGAAGGCAAGAAUGCAAUGUAUCAGAUUCUUGUUUUGGAAGAUGGUUUGUUUCUGAAAGUGUAAUACUUGUUAGAGAUCAGGUCAUUCGUUUUUAUUCUUGGUGCAGCAGUUGUUUUGUUUCGAUUUUCCCGUUUUAUUCUUUUUUUUUUGUAUUCGUUUUUUAUACAUCAGUUGUUUUGUUUCGUUUUUAUUCUUGAUGCAACAGUCUGUAUUCAUUUUUUAUCCAUGCUGAUGUUUUUCUUGAUACAAUUCUUUUGUUCUUCCC